AAUAAUCGCCACUUGAUUAUCCUUAGAUACUAUCGGCCCCCACAUGCCAGCCAGCCCACUGAGGAUGUCCCUGGCCAGCUGAGCGCCCAGAACCUGAUCGAUGCCAUCAUCAAGCACCAGAUAAGACGCACCAACGACGCCACCGGAGCCACCGGGCGCGAGUACACGCGAGCCCCAUUCCAAUACCAUCGACAGCCGCUGGAGCUGGCGGCGGAGAACAAUGGCAAGGCCAACUCCCAGUGCCCGAACGUCAUCAACAUUGAUCUGGACCAGGAGCGCCUCUCCGCCGCAACCGCCGGGGCGACGGCUGCCAUCCAGCAGCAGCAGCAACAGCAACAGCAGCAGCAGCAACAGCAACAGCAACAGCAACAGCAGCAACAGGGUCCUCCGCCGCAGCAGCAGUCGAGCCAGUCGCGAUCCGUUCACGGAUCGAUGCGCGGCCAGCCGCAUACGACCACAUCCCAGGCGCAGGGUCCCGGACCAGCACCCAGUCCCCAGCAGAUCCACACCAAGAGCAUCACCUUCGGAGAGCUCACCGACUCGAUCAUCACCAACGACUACGUCUCCAAUCCACACAUGCGGCCCACGCCCCCAUUCAUGACCUACAUGGAGGGGCCGCCGCAGACGAUGCUUCCGCCAGACCGCUGGAAGCAGAACCGACGCAUGCAGCACAAGGCCGAGGAGGCCAAGCACCAGGCGCAGCAGCAGCAACAGCAGCAGCAGCAGCAGCAACAGCAGCAGCAGCAACACCACCACCAGCAGCACCAGCAACAGCAGCAGCACCACCAGCAGCAGCAGGGCAUGCCCGGCAGCGGUGGUCCUGGCGGCGGACCCAGUGGGGGACCAGGAUCCUCCGGAGGUCCGCCCGGCGUCAGGGCAAACACGCCCGAGGACGGACGCAACAUCAUCCGCAUGCCCCAGCCGGUCAGCCCCCGCAAGUACGCCCAAGAGCUUAUGCUCCACCAGGCUGUGGUGGCCGGCGGAGACCCCGGCCACUACUACCUGCCCGGCCCCGGCUCGGUUGUGGGUCGCGUGGGCGUUCCUCCGCCCCCCGACCAGCGUGUGCCGGGCGGAGGCGGUGCGGACGGAUCCGUGACCACCAUAUACAAAUACGUGAAGAACCGCAUCGCGGAGGUGAUGCGUGACGACAUCGGCUAUUCCAAGAGCCGCAUCGUGGAAGUGCGAUCGGAUGACGAUCCCGGCGACCUAGUGGCCCAGUCGAACGCAGUCGUAGCAGCGCACGCCGCCCACAUGGUAGCCGCCUUUGAGCACCAGCAACAACAACAGCAGCAACAGCUGCACCGCGUCAAGGAUCCCCAGCAGCCGCCGCCGUCGCACGAGAUCAGCGUGUCCCGGAAGACGCCCAACCAGUACGAGGUGGUCGACGGCAGCGGUCGACGCUCGGGCGGCGCCGGCUCCAAUAGCCACCACCCUGCCGCGGCGGCAGCAGCAGCAGCGGCCAGCGAGCCAAAGCCUCUGCUGUCGUCCAAGUACGAGGCACUGAGCGACGAAGAUUAGUUGUGACUGCAGGCGUCGUCGUCGGGUCUACGACAUCUGACGGCAGCAGCGACGGCGCCUCCAGCAGCAGCUUCAGCAUCAGCAGCAGCAGCGGCAGCAGCAGCGGUAGCAGCAGUCAACAACCCCCUCAGCCCGCUGAGCCUGGUCUACGGCUACGGCUAUCGACGGCACCAUCCGUCCGUGCAGCCAGCGCACGCUCAUCCGCACACGCUACCGCUCCCGCUUCCGCUUACACACCAGCAUACGCAUCCACAUGCCCAGCAGCUUCCGCUACCGCUGUCGCUAACGACGCAUCAGCAGCCCUCGCCCCGGCACCCCUACCAGCCGACGGCGUUGCCUCCGCCCCUGCAGUCGCAGCAGCAGCAGCAGCAUCAUCAUCACCAGCAACAGCAGGCGCAUCAGCAGCAGGCGGCGCAGGCGGCGCAGGAGGCGGCGCAUCAGCAGGCGGCGCAGCGCGCGCACCAGCAAGCAGCGGCCCAGCAAGCGCAUCUGGCGGCCCAGGAAGUGGCGCAGCAGCGGGCGGCACAGCAGCGGGCACUGUACUAUGCGAGCGAGCAUUACGCGGCCAGCGGCGGUGGCAGUGCUGCCGGCGGUAAUCCGGGCUACUACUGACACCAGCAGGAUCAGGAUCGUAUAUAAAGAGCGAAACGAUGCACCAACAACUAUACGUAUAUAUAUACAGAUACAGAUACAGAUAUAUCUAGGAACGAAGAGAGAGAGAAAAUGUAAAAAGCAAAACACAGAAGAGAGAAACGCGUUGGCAUAGGCCAUGGGCGAUAGGCUUUAAGAGUGCAACGGCAAAAGUAAACACAGCGAGGGCGAGGGAGAGUGAGUGGGUGAGCUGGAGAGAUAGAGGGAGAAAGUUAACUGAUGCCCAAAUUCUUGGCACUCCUCCUCCCUCCCACACACACACAUGCACGCACCCAUUGUUAGUGUAGUUAGGAUUAGCACAAAAGGAGGAGAGCGGAAAUGGAAAAGGAUUUAAGCUGGAAAUCGGCAAUCGGCAAUCGGCUAUUGGAAAUCGGAAUUCGGAAAUCGGAAAUCUAUUUGACAUUUAUUUAAAUUUGAAGCUUAGAUUAGACGCAAUUACAAAUGAAA